AUGAAAGUCAAAAUUAACGAAGUUCACAGUGUGUUUGCUUGGACGUGGCAAAUACCUAGUAUAUCCGAUGAAAAAGUAACUAACGAUAAGCUAAAUGACAAUGAUGAAAACGAAGAUGUCUGUGGCAUCUGUCGCGCCAGUUAUAAUGGUACUUGUCCAAGCUGUAAAUUUCCAGGUGAUCAGUGUCCUUUGGUGAUUGGAGUAUGUCAUCAUAACUUCCAUGAUCAUUGUAUAUACCGAUGGCUUGAUACGCCGACUUCUAAAGGGCUGUGUCCGAUGUGUAGGCAAAGGUUCCAGUUACAAAAGGGCCUAGCAAUUAAUGACGCUCAUAUUCAAAAAUUCGUUGAGAUAGUUUCAAGGAGAAGAGAAGAGAUGAUAGAAGAAGGUGUCGCUGAGGAUUUUGUGGAUUUUGAUGAACCAAUACGGCAAAAUACGGAUAAUGCAAUUGACAGGUCACAGGUCGAUACAGUUCUAGACGAAGACUUCUUGUUACGAUAA